GAUAUGGAUACCACAGCAUUAUCAUUCAGCACAGAAUGUCAUGUUAGAUCUUCUCUCACACAACCACUCUCAGUUGGCGAUUUGCGUCAGAACUCCCCAGUACCGUGUUCACCCCUCAUCUUCACACGGUGUGUCAAGGUUCUUACUCCGUGCCAUAACCCUACCAGGUACCCCUCCAUACAUUUUCAUCACCUCAAAAGCUACCCCACCAUAGCUGCUCCCUUCCCCUCAAGACUACACCAUGACAUCCCGCAUCCCCCACCUCCUCGAGCCCUACCUUGCCCUGCCGGACGAGGCCUCCCUCAUCGUCCUGACGGGCGUGCUCGGCGCCAGCACGAACUGGCUCGUCCUCCGCCACCUCUACGCCCUCCUCAAACAAGCCGGCACCGCAAAACCGCCACAACCAGGCGUGACCGUGACUGGGGCGUCGCCAGCGGCGGCAGCGGGACAAGAAGAGGAAGCGGCCGUCCUGCUCGUCAGCUUCCUCCGCGACCUCGCCUUCUGGAGGGACGGCCUGGCCCGUCUCGGCGUCGACCUCGAAGCCGCGGCGCGCCGGGGCAGGUUCGCGUACGUGGACGGUUUGGGCGGCGGUUUGGGCGGCGGGGGGUCGUUGAAGUCGGGUGAGGCGACGGGCGGGGGCGGGGGCGGCGGAGGCGGCGGCAGCACGCAAGCAAUACGGCCGCAUCAUCAGUCUCAGUCUCAGCAUCAGUCUCGGCAGCAACAGCAGCAGCAACAGCAGCAGAGGGCAGGGGUGGCGGGGUGGAAGCGGGUUCCGGCGAGCCUUGCGCCGGGGGAUAUCGCGCGCGUGGUCUUGGAAGGGGUGGCGCAGUUGAAAAAAGGUGGUUCGGCCGGGACAGGGCUCGGGGACAGAGAGGGCAGGGAGAGAAAGGUUGUGCUGGUGAUUGACGGGCUGGACUUUGUCUUGGCUGCUUCUCCUCCUCCGAGCUCAGCGGGUGGAGAGCCUUCCGGGAUAGCAACGGCAGUGUGGGAAAUGUUGAUGGAUUUGAGAGAGAACACGCAUGCUGCCAUUGUCACGGUGGCUGCUGACGACCCCCUCAUCAAAGAACAGCAGACCUCGCUCGAGAAGCAGCACGCCUGGUUCGCUCUGAGCCUAGUGCACGAGGCAGAUGCUGUGCUUAGCUUGAGACUGCUCGACACAGGGGUCGCGAAGGACGUGAGCGGUGUCAUCCGAAUCACGCACGGGGGAGGCCGGCUCCUUGCCCGGGACCAGGAAUAUUUGUAUCAUGUGGGUGGCGAUGGUGGCGUGAAAGUAUUCGAGAGAGGCCAGUAGCACAAAAGAUACCCAUCGGAACAAGGUCCCAUCUUCGUCCCCUGUGCGUCCGCUUGCUGACGCCUUGACCUGGCCUGAACUGAACCGUCCAGCAUCUAGCGGCAUGCACCUGCGGAGAUCCUCCGAGAGCCCUUUGGAUCAUGCCCUGAUAAGAACCGUGUGAUUUGCCCGCAAUGU